AUGACUAGAAUAAGCCCCAAACUGAUCCGACAGGCGCUGCGGGAGCAACAAUUGCUUCCGUUUUUGCUUCCUGAGUGUCGCACUCUGGAGCAGGCCCGGACAGAGCUGCGGUGGAUCCAGACGGAGCUAAAGGUUCCUGCGGAAGUCCAUAAAGCAUGUGUAUUACGGGCACGUGGCGUGCCACUGCAGUAUAUCCUUGGAUCACAGCCUUUUGGUCCGCUAUUAGUGCAAUGUCAGCCAGGAGUAUUAAUUCCACGAUGGGAGACUGAAGAGUGGGCGUAUGAACUGGGGAAGCGAUUCGCUGUGGCACAGCAGGAAGCUCUGGAACUGAUAGAUUUAUGCACCGGAACAGGCUGUGUUGCUCUACUGUUGCGCUAUAUGAUUCAUGGAGCACAGGCAACAGCAGUUGAUAUUUCACGUACGGCUGUCGCUUUGGCGCGUAAGAACUCGCUAUCGCAAAACGUACCGAUUACAGUUCUGCAGCAGGAUGUUCUUCGACCGAUUACAGGCGAUUUAUCGGGUCGACACUUUGAUUUGCUGACCUGCAAUCCGCCCUAUGUUCCGCGCUCAACUUACGUAGGCUCUUGCACGACGUCGGUAAGGAGAUACGAGCCAAAACUGGCACUCAUAGCUGACAAAGAGUUUUACGCCAACCUAGUUGACUCCUGGCUGCAGCGAACUGAUUCAUUUGUAUAUGAAGUAGGCCAGCUGGAGCAAUGUGAAUAUGUGCUCAGUAAAGUUGAGGGCCACCCUGACAUUAGCGAUGCGUGGCGCGUGGGGUUUAGAGAAGAUGCUAAUGGUAAAACCCGAGUAGUAUAUGGGUAUCGUCGUAAUAGUAAAAGGCCACUGGAGGCUAUAUUCAAAGGAUUCGGAAGAAUCAUGCAUUAA